UCUACACUAAUGGCCACGUUGACGCACCUUCUCCUUUGGAUAGGCCUUUGGUACACAUCGCAGGCAAGUUCCCCGUAACGCUUGCUGGGAUUAUAUAGCGAAUUUUCCCCCACAUCAGGUCCACGGAGUUUCCAAGUUUACAAACAUUGAGUGCUUAAGUGAGGAUACGAACUUCACCACCAUUUCCUUGUGCCGAUUGUACGCCGUCAAAAGAGAUGUGGUGGAAAUGAGUUUGAGGGCCAAUAUUAUACAUUGGCCAAAAGGUCCACUAGCGUACUUCUAUUUUUUAGAUGCGCAUGCAGUUGCUGAAGAAGGCCAGUGGCUACAAGCCUUUUCUGUACAAUAUCCUCCAGUCGGAUGUGUGCGAAUAUCUGGAGAAGAGAAAUCAUCCUUUUGUCAACAUCAUUCUCAGCAGUUUCGGCAACAAAACCAAUGUGAACAAGUGCCCGAUUCCAUCCGAAAUUAUCUUAGAGCACUUUCGAUUCCCCGUGAAGGUCUUGGACAUGAUCCCCCUACCAUCUGGGGACUAUGGAUUAUUUACCACAUUUAGUUCCCUUAAAAGGGUGUUAGUCCAGGUUAAGGUGUACUUUACACUCACAGAAUAUCGCUGAAAGUGCACAAAACACAUGACUCGAAUAUUUGUAAUAAACAUCAGUCGCGGUGCAAUAAACCAAUUAAUAAAUUUGCCGUAAAUUUGUUAACUGACCGUAAAA